AUGAGAGCUUGCCUUGAAAGUCACCACGCCACCAAGGAUCAGCAGCGCAUGCUUGCGGCCGCAAUCUCCCUUCACAGCGUGCAGCUCGCGACAAAUGCAAACGGUGCGCUGUUGCUCACAUGGUUCCUCGACACUUGCACUUUCCCUCGCCGGCGAACUGUGCUUGCUCCAAGACUUGUGCCGCAUUUGGUGCAUCUCUGCACCCAUAAAGUUGCCUAUCUAACGGUUCUUAAAGUUAUUAACCAACGCAACGAGCCCGAUGCCCGUGAAAUAGUGUUGAAGGCGCUUUUCUUCAGCCCUGGUGAUGAGGUCUUGGAGAAGAUUCUGAGCGAUCAAACAUCGGGGGCGACCUUGAUCUUUAAGGUUCUGACAACGCCAUUUUUCGAUGAAUCCAUGCGUGCAGAGGUUGUGAAGAACGUGUCGAAGGUUCUCACCAAGCUGAAAGCUACACCAAGCCAGGGAUAUAAGCGACUGAUGGAUGAGGUUGGCCUUUCAUCCCGUGGCGGUGGCCGGGAUAAUCAUGGAAGGGAUAACUCAGAGAAACAACAGCAGCGUCCCGCCUCUCGGCCUGCACCUUCGAAUUAUCCUUCUCAGUCAUCCGUGGACAGGCAGUACAAUGGACAGUUCGUUCCCGCUAUGCUUUCACAAAACUUGGAUAAUGCCCGGGCCGAUCAGCAGUCGAACGUUGCAUCUUUUGAUCCCUAUGCUAUCAAUGGGGUGAAUGGUCUGGGCUCUGCAGGUGCUAUCAAUUCUUUGAAUGGUGCCUCAGGAAUAAAUAGUUCUAGCUUCGGUCAAGAUCCUUUGUUGCCACUCCAACAGGCGCAGUACCAGGCUUAUUUGGCUGCGCAAUCUCGCGGUGUCUCACCUGCUGGAAUUUAUCCGAAUCUGGGUAACGCUAAUUUUGGAUAUCCGGGCGGAUCUCCUUCGGUGGACAACCUUCGGGGCAUGCAGGCUCAGGCUACCCCCUUGUCUGGAACUACGCAGAUGAGCCCUCCAGGCUCUAUGCUUAACCAGUCUGGCUUUGGUCCCCAGCAAUUUAGCCCUGUUAUGAACACGGCUCAGAUGUAUCAGUAUCCUCCUCAAUUUAAUUUCCAGCAGCCUGCCCAAGGACAGUCCGCUGGGGGACGACGUGGACGUGUAAGUGGUUCCAGGUCUCUAAGUGAGCAGUGA